UCGUCCUGGUGGGACGGCCGUGCUACCCUGCUCGGCUUACAGUCUCCGGUGCACUCCUGUUAUUGUGUGUAUGCGAGAGAGAGAGAGAGAGAAAGAGGCACCACUUGAACACUUUCCACGACUGGAGAAAUUCACUGAGGAAUGAGUCUGUGGAUUACGUGAGAAGAGAGAAGUAAUGAGCUGUGGCUGAAUGGAGAGGCAUGUUUUGUUUGUGUUUUUGUUUUGUUUUUUUAGAGCUAGAGGGUCUCUGGUUGCCUGUGUACUUCCAAGCAGCGCUGAAGCUCGCUGAGCUAACAGGCUAACCGGGAAUGUUUUCAGAAACUAGCUAGUUAGUUAGCCGGCUAGCUAGCAUAGUGGGCUGGAGCAGUGUGCCGUGUGGAUUUAACAGUCGUAGCGAGACUCGUAUCUCUCUGUACGGUUUGUGAGACACUGUGGUAGCGGCUGCAAGUAUGGGGGGUGUUUAAUGUUUAGAGCUCCAGUGCCCGCUUGGUUCUUAAUUUCCAGCUACAACGAUAGUUGUAGCUGUUCAGGCAACAAGUCGGAAACACACACACCACGGCUUUAACGUUAAGUUUGUACUUUGUGCAAAGGUGUGGUUAUUAUCAACAUCCCGCAUGAAAACGAUGGCACACGGCUUAGUGAAGGUGGUUUUAUACAGUAACAGAGGGAACUAGGGUGCGACUUGAGAUGCCCACAUUUGAGAGCAUCGGGUCACUCUCCUCUAUAGGAAAACCUGCCGCCAGUUAAUCGAUACCGCUGUUGACGAGGAGACGAGGUGGAUGAACUUUAUAAAUCGCCCACAUGCGUUGGAUCAGUUCCCGGACUUGUGAAAGGCAUCUGAAGCAGAAGGAGGGAGACGGGAACGCACAGCCCUUGCAGCCCGGGGGAAGAUGGCGGAACGCUCCCGCUGGCGGUGGUGAAACCAAAACUUUGGGACUUCUUGGAUUCAUCGCCACAUAUCUCAUCCCAAACUGUAGGACACAUGCAGGCCAAAAAACGCUACUUAACCCUGUUCUCCGCCGGCGCGUGUCUCAUACUGCUGUUUUGUUUAGGGCGGCUACAAUUCUCCCUAUCCAGACGGGGUCCCGGCCGGCCUGAUGACCGCAGACUCCCCGGUUAUCACCCCGGGGCGCGGUGGCGUCGCGUGUCGGGGUACCUGCAGCCUUUCAGCUCCUGGGAGCAGGACCAGAGCGAUGAUCUCACUGAAUACAUAUCUCCCAGGCAGAAGAGGGACACCAACUCAGGUCUUUACAUGGGAAAACGCUGCAGAAUGGAGUCCUGCUUUGACUUCUCACUGUGUGAGAGGAAUGGACUUAAAGUUUACGUAUACCCCCAGCAGAAAGGGGAAAAACUUUCAGAGAGUUAUCAGAACAUUUUGUCCUCUAUUGAAGGGUCCAGGUUCUACACAUCUGACCCUGGACAGGCAUGCCUGUUCGUCCUGAGUUUGGACACUCUGGACCGGGACCAGCUCUCACCCCAGUAUGUACACAACCUGAAAGCAAAAAUCCAGAGCCUCCCUCUGUGGAACGGAGGCAAAAACCACAUCAUCUUUAACUUAUAUUCUGGCACAUGGCCUGACUACACAGAAGAUCUUGGCUUUGACAUUGGGCUUGCCAUGUUGGCCAAAGCCAGCAUUAGUACAGAGAACUUUAGGCCUAACUUUGAUGUUUCAAUCCCUCUCUUCUCCAAAGAGCACCCAAGGACAGGUGGUGAGAGGGGCUAUCUGAAACACAACACAAUCCGCCCUUAUAGAAAGUACAUGCUUGUUUUUAAGGGGAAACGGUACCUAACUGGAAUAGGUUCGGACACUAGGAAUGCUUUAUAUCAUAUUCAUAACUCAGAAGAUGUAGUCCUCCUCACCACUUGUAAGCAUGGAAAGGACUGGCAGAAGCACAAGGAUGCACGCUGUGACAAAGACAAUGCAGAAUAUGACAAGUAUGACUACAGAGAGAUGCUGUACAACUCCACAUUCUGCCUGGUACCUCGAGGACGACGGCUGGGUUCCUUUCGCUUUUUGGAGGCUUUGCAAGCAGCUUGCGUGCCAGUGAUGCUAAGUAAUGGCUGGGAGCUUCCCUUCUCAGAGAUCAUUGACUGGAAUAGGGCAGCUGUUAUUGGGGAUGAAAGGCUGCUAUUACAGGUCCCCUCAACAGUGCGUUCCAUCCACCAGGAUAAGAUCCUCUCCCUGAGACAGCAGACACAGUUCCUGUGGGAGGCUUAUUUCAACUCUGUGGAGAAGAUAGUACUGACCACACUGGAGAUAAUCGAGGAUCGGGUGCUGCUGCACACUUCAAGAAGUAACCUCAUGUGGAACAGUCUUCCUGGAGGUCUUUUUACCCUGCCUCAGUACUCUACCUUUCUGGGAGACUUCCCCUUCUACUAUGCUAAGCUGGGUAUCAAGCCAUCCCCCAAGUUUACAGCAAUCAUUCAUGUAGUCACUCCACUGGUCUCGCAAUCCCAGCCAGUCAUGAAGUUACUCAUUGCUGUGGCCAAAUCCCAGUACUGUGCCCAGGUGAUAGUUCUGUGGAACUGUGAAAAGCCUCUCCCUGCCAAGCACCGCUGGCCUGCCACAUCAGUUCCUGUUACUGUAAUAGAAGGAGAAAGCAAGGUGAUAAGCAGCCGCUUUCUGCCCUACAACACCAUCCCCACUGAUGCUGUACUCAGUCUGGAUGAGGACACAGUGCUUUCCACCACAGAGGUUGACUUUGCCUUCACAGUGUGGCAAAGUUUCCCAGACCGCAUUGUUGGUUACCCAGCCCGCAGCCACUUCUGGGACAGCAACAAAGAGCGAUGGGGUUACACAUCCAAAUGGACCAAUGACUACUCCAUGGUGCUGACCGGGGCCGCUAUCUAUCACAAAUACUACCACUACUUGUACACCACCUACCUUCCAGCCAGUCUGAAGACCAUGGUUGAUCAGAUGUCCAACUGUGAGGACAUUCUCAUGAAUUUUCUGGUGUCAUCUGUGACUAAGCUGCCACCUAUCAAGGUCACCCAAAAGAAACAAUACAAGGAAACCAUGAUGGGACAGAGCUCCCGAGCUUCUCGCUGGGCUGACCCGGACCAUUUUGCCCAGCGUCAGACCUGCAUGAACAAGUUUGCCAACUGGUUUGGCACCAUGCCCCUGAUCCAUUCUCAGAUGAGGCUGGACCCAGUCCUGUUCAAAGACCAGGUGUCCAUAUUACGGAAGAAGUACAGGGACAUAGAGAGGCUAUAACCCUCCUGAGCCCCCUCGUUCUCUGGACACAACAUAUUAAGAGUGAGGGGGCGACCAUGUAAAGAAGCACACAGCCUUUUCAGAGUUGGAUCGAUGGAUCUGGAGAGAAGCAGAUGGGGUUUGGUACAGGGAAAAAGGGGGGAAAAAAGUAGAACAGAUGUGGAUGUGUCCUUUUUUGUUCUUGGUACUUCCUCCAUGUCUCCUUUCUGACCCUGCUCUUAUGUGUAUUUGAGAGAGCUGAGCACAAAGGUACCACUAUUUACACUAUGACUACCACAUACUCCAGCUCACCCAAGGACCUAAAACUGCUCGACCUUGAAGCAAAGUGGUCAUGGAGUCUGAAUUCAUAGCUUGCUGCUUCGGUGUCCCAUCAGUGGCAAACCACUUCCAACCCCGCUGAAAGUGACAGUUCUGGUCUGCUCUGUACACUAUGCACAGGUUUCUGAAAGUUUUUGCUGAUAGAAUAUUAUUGAUAAUUAUGAAGAGGAUAACACUAUUUUGGAUUCUGUUUAGCUAUUUUUUAUACAGUGGAUGAAUGGCCAGCACUACUCUUUCUGUAUUGUCUUAAAUCCAAUAGUGUGGAGUGGAUUAAGAGAGGAAUGACAAAGCCUCGACCACAGAAUUGAGUUCUGAUCGUUGAUCUGACAUUCACAGUGCCUCACAUUUUAUCUAACGCCGUUGGGAUCUGGGAAUCUAGGAAAAGACAUGGUGCGGAAUGAGCACCUUGAGCUUGCUGCUUGGUUUAGUUUUGUUUUGUUUUCCCAUUGUUUGUUGUUUUCUAUAUAAUUGAAAUUAUGGAACUCCCCAAAUCCUUCUGGUCAGCAUUCAUAUGUUUGAUUUUAGCUAUUAUGAAAAUAUGUUUUAAUUCAUUUGAGCAAAAAAUUUGAUUGUUGUCAUGUGCCAUUUUCACGGUAUAAUUAUAAUAGUGUGGAAGCCACCUUUACACAGCUAGAUUUGCAACGUGGGAGUAGAAAUCUGAUUAAAUUCAGGCCCAUACUUCCCUUUGACCAUUUUAGUGAGAAGUCUUCUUAAAUAAUGAGCUAGAAUACUUGUACAUGUACUUGAAUAUGUUUUGGCCAGAAGAACAAUAGAGGAUCGUAUGCUUUGCCUUGGUUAGAACAGGCUGAGCAAGCUGUUUGAGCCAACAAAUUGUCUUUUUGAAACACAAACCACUGUGAAAGGUAAGGAAGAAAUCUGUAGAUGCUGUUAUUCUAUGUCUGCCAUAGAUCCAAUUUCAUUUUUUUUGUUCAGAGAGAUGUUUGGCAGUAGCUCAGGCUGAUGGUACUUGACAUCGGCUAACGAUGCUUUCUUCUACAGCCCCCACCCCCCCGUAUUUUUUCCCCAAAAAGUUGGCAUGCUGCAUCAAAUGUGACUAAAACCAGCACACAGUGAUGUACAAAUUAUUUAAAUAAUUUAUCUAAUUAAAAAAAAAAAUGUUUCAAAUCCACCACAAAAAACUUCCACAUUUUCCACAAUCUUGCAACUUUUUUCAUGUUUCUAGACUUUCAGAACCCUUCAUGCUAAACAGGCUACUGUAUUUUCCCCACUUAGAAUGAGUAAAUAUGACAAGACUAAUAAACAUUCUCACCAAACAUUUGUCAUAUUCCGAAAAGGCCCCUGGCUAGAAAUGUUCCACUUUUCCUAAGGUCCUAGAGAUGCUCUAGUAAGGGAUUAUUCUCUCAAAAUUAUACACACAGUCAGAAACCCUUUAGUCUGAUAAUUGCACAUUUAAACAGACUGGCAUUAUGAUACUGUGUGUAUCCCACAUUUAGCAAGUGUAAUCAAAAAGACACUGGAAAGUAUUUUCCAUAAUUCAGUAUGUCAGUCUCAUAAAUUACAUUUCUGUCAGCUUCUGCUACAUAUAUUAGUUUUCUAAAUCUGAGAGACAUAUCUAAUUUUAUGCAGUAAUGUACAAUGACUGCCAAGUGUCGGUGGAUGAUGAAACUGGGAUUUUCUGCUGCUUGAUUAAACAAUUUCUGAUUGUUGGGAUUCCAUUAGCGCCAUUUGUUUUGGGUUUUGUUUGCUUCAUUUGUCAUAUCAUCUUAUCUAAAAUUUUGUAAUUUGGUGAUUUUUUUUUUUUUUUUUUAAAUCCCUACAUCACCAAGGAAGAAUCGAAUUCAAUUCUUUAGAACUCUAACCACUUAACCCCGGUACAUCCUUUAGUCAUUUCUGUUUAUUAGAAGAUCAAACCUGUGACUGUUUUGAUAAGCUCCUCAGCCCUUCACAGACCCCAGUUUGUAUGUGCCAAUACAAGCACUUGUGUUUUUCCUUUUCUGAUAUGAGAAAUUCCACGCGCCUUCUCAUAUUUAUUUAGUUCAGUAAGCGUUUUCUGUCUAUAUGGAAGGGGAGAGUUUAUGCGGGAGAACUCCAAAGAUCGAAGGUGCUGCAUGGUAUUUUUCACUUCUGAGAAUGUGCUAUCAGCUUGACAGCAAAUAUAUAAAGAAAAAAAAAACAGUGUAACUAAACACAGUGCUAUCAGGACAACUGAAUAUGGCUGCAAACAGAAUUGCAUUUCAGAAAUGAACUCGGUGCAAUAUAUAAGGUGACAUUUUCUCGAUCUUUUUUCUCUGCCCUCGUGUUAAUAUCUCAGAGGGCGAGAGGUUACAUAUUGAUGUGCCUUCAGAAGAAAUACUGUCAUGAGUUUUUAAGUUAUCCUCAUCUGCCUUUUGUUUCAUAGUGGGUUUUUAUUUUUCUCUAUCAACAUCCAGUAACUGAUAGUGGCAGCCUAUGUGAUAUUGCUCAGCACUGGAAUGCUACCACCACACGUCUGAUACAAACAUUCCUGCCUUUUCUGUAAUAGGAUCAUUUUUCAGUGUCUUCUUAGACUCAUCCUGACACGCAUACUGCCUUGUAUUACUGUACUUGCGAGUUCCCAAAAGCCUCCUCUUUCUGGUUGUCACAAUGAUAGUAGUACGUGUAAUACACAUACUGUAAAGUUUUCACACGCAGUAUUUAUCUGACAGGAUUGUGUCCUGAAUGAAUCUCUGCCUGCUUCCUUCAUUCUCUUCUGUAACUGCAGACCUAAUUUUAUAGAGAUUAAACUGGAAAGUUAGAGGCAAAAUCUGAAUUUUGUAAAAUGAAUUUUAUAAAAA